GUCCAGUCCUGGACAAGCGACCGCGAAGCCCAAAUGGAACAAUCAGCGCCCCUAACCGUCAGCCAUAGGAACUCUCAAGAUGCCAGAGUACAAAAUCUUGCGGCACGGCAUCAAGUAGAACACACCCGCCCUGAUUCGAUCAUGAGCCUCACUGCCGUGGUUCAGGAUCCUAUGAACGAGUGGUUAGAAGCCAGCUUAGCGAGAGCACAGUACGUCGAAUCUGGCCUCGAGAUCAGUUACCUUUCGCGAAUUUCGUCGCAGUCUCGGUCAGGAAUCGACACGCCACUGCAUAGUUGGUCAGGCAGAGAAAGUACCAGCGAUACACGUUACAACAUGACCACUAUCCGACCACGUUUACCCACGUCAAGUACAUAUGUCACUCCCCCCCUGUCGAUAUCCUCUCGUUCGGCCAUCGAAUCCAUUGACUUCAGUGCACUCUCAGGCCGCUUUGAACCGCAGGGUUCCCAGAGCAAAGUCCGAGAGUCAACGAUCCUUGCGACAAAUUUGGGACGGGAGAUCCGCUCAGCGCGGCCUCUCUCACCUGUUUCGGCAACGCAAGACGUAAUUCGCCCAAGCCUGCCCUUGAGGCCAACCAACCUUCCCUUCCUGAAGAAUGAUAGAUUAAGCGAAAACCCCGUGUCAACACCAGGCUCAUUGACAAUCCAUUCACGCUCUGAGAUAGGGGCCCGGAGCUUAUCUCAAACGGAACAAAGCUGGUUUCGUCGUCUACCGCCGCUCAAGUUGUACCUCCCAUCGCUUCAAUGGGAUUUUGAGUCUCAUUUGCAAUCUGAGAGUGGCCCUACCAGAAGAUUUGAUGAUGGAAUGAGCCCGUUGAGCAGCGUCCCAUUAUCGCCGGCUUCGGGACACUCGCGGUCGGAAAUAGGUACGCCAUUGGUGACCCAACACGGCAGGACUUGUGUACGUCAAGGGGUGCCCCGGUAUGAACUGGUAAAUCAAGACCAAUAUUGGGACAUUGUUUGAUCAACAGCACUACUGACAACAACUACAAGUUCGUGGGCUGUUCGUUGAUUGUCGGGUUAUAGAAAAUUUAGAAGCAGGUUAUUGCAUGUACUACCUACUAUUGGCAUAGAGCAAAGUCCUCCAACCCCUCUCUUCUUAUCAAUUUUACGAG